AUGCCCAAUAUCAACGAGCAGCCGAAAGCUUAUGUCUCGUGGCCAUCUGCCCCGCUCACAGACACGCUGGUAAAGAAAUCGUUGCACAACCUUGGGCUGUCAGAACAGGUCGUGGACUCAAUUCCUUCAUCUUACGCGACCUUGAUACAAUGGUCCACCUAUGACUCCAUAGAACAUUCUCUGGUCAAUGACAACGCUCAAGCUGUGUUGUCCUCUUCGUAUAUCAUCCGCAAAGCACUCAUUCGGAAACAUUUUUUAUCUCGUUGUAUAUUGAAUUAUCUCACCAAGCAUCCUGAGUCGCUACUAAAGAAUGGCACGCUUCAGACUUGGGAUAUCGAGCUCUCAUUCGCAGACGAGCUUGAUGAGAUGUGGACCGAUGACUUAUACGACUUAGGCAAUCAGCUUGAAGCCUCUCCGUCGCACUGGUGGAUUCUUAAGCCAGGCAUGGCCGAUCGAGGAAUGGGCAUAAGAAUGUUCAACAGCAAGCUUGGCCUGCAAGAUAUCUUUGAAGAAUUCGAAGAAAGCGCCGACAGUGACGAAGAGGGCGAUGAGUCUACCUCAGUGAUGGUUUCUCAGCUCCGUCAUUUUGUCAUCCAAAAAUACCUACCGACUCCUCUUCUCAUGGAUCCGUCACAAUCUUUGAAGGCCGGGAGUGAUGCUUUGCAAGGCUACAAAUUCCACCUGCGUACUUAUUGCAUUGCCUCCGGGAGUUUGACAGUGUACAUGUACACUAGGGUUUUGGCGCUGUUCUCUAGCGUGCCUUAUGUUUCUCCAUCUGAGCAAGCUCAUGAAGAUCGGCUGCUACCUUCAGAUCUCGCAGCACACCUCACCAACACCUGCUUGCAAAUGCAUAGGGGCGAACAGGGCGUACGACUGUUUAACGACUUAAUCGGUUGCGACGUACUGUCAGGGCUUGGUGAUGGAAAACGAAGAAUGCUUACUCAGCAAGAUAUCGAACUGAUUUUACAACAAAUGGCAGAUGUUCUCUCUGAAACAUUCAAAGCUGCCCUAGAAAUGCCUGUUCACUUCCAAGUUUUACCGAAUGCCUUCGAGUUAUAUGGCGUAGAUUUUCUGGUCUCCCACGAGCCAGACUGUAAGGAGAGUCGUUUCCCGUUCCAGGUCAAGUUGUUAGAGGUCAACGCUGAGCCUGCCAUCGAAAUGACUGGUCCCACUUUGACGUGGAUAUUAGAAGACAUGUUCAAUGCAAUAGGACAAGUUUGCGUUGAGCCCUUCCUCAGAGGGACGAAAAUAUCGCCAGACGGGGACGAGUGGCACGUAGGGGAGGUUCAUCACAACCUUCACAAAUGUUUAGAGGUUCAAGUACGGGGUCUAGGUGCUUAG